AUGGUAGGCCUGAAUGGUCAGGAUGUUGAGAUGAGGAAUUACAGCUCUUCCCCCACUUCGCUAUCCUCACCCCCCUCGGGCUCCCUCUCCGAGCCUGGCUCGCCCUCGCGUCUGAAUGCUGGCAGGGCAAACAUCGCCACAGACGAGAUGGACGAGAUCAUUGUCGAUCUGGCCACCGGCAGCAGGCUCAACGUGCCCCAGACACAGGCACACGUCCAGCAGCCGCCACCGCAGCAGCAGUAUCCCGAAGGUGUACGCCUGACCGUGCACGGAGUUCCCAGAAAGAAGCCAGGUCGGAAGCCCGGCUCCACCGUCAAGCCCAAGCCUGCCGCUGAUGGCAGCUCUACCAACACCGAGGCUCCCAAGGUGAGGCGGCCCAGGAAGCCUCGCGAUCCCAACGCGCCCCCCAUCCAGCGCAAGAGGAAGAGUGCGCCUCCUGCCGAUAUGCCCGCCGCUGCCGAGCCCACCACCUUCACCUCGGCCUCCGGCCGCCAGCCCAAAAUCACGGAGCUGACUUCUAUGCGCAUGGACAUUGACUCUCGUCCCCAGUCGGUCGGGUCCUCUCAACCUCCCGAGAAGAUGGCCAAGCGCGAAGCCAUGCCGACGUCUAUGCAGAGCAUCCUGAAUGCCGACCCCCCACCACAUACUCAGCACUCGCCACCUUCCCAUUCACAGUCCAUGAGUCGCGGCCAAAGCUACGACCCCAUUCGCUCCUCCACCUACGACCCCGUGCGGGAGACCAUGCUUUCCCGCGACCCUUACGGCACUGGCCCCCUCGGUUCCCCUCGGGCUCCUGCCCAGGUUCCCAACCGCACCAGUGCGUCUCCAUCUAUCGCCAGCCUGGUUGACCCUCCUCCCUUUUCCAACAUGAGGUCUCCUGGUCAAAGCUACAGCACUGCCGCUACCAGUGCCUCUCGAUAUCCUGACUCUGGAUCCCAUCCGCCAUCGCCCUCCAAUACCCUUCGUAGUGUUUCGGGAGCUGCGGCGGCGCCGACGGCGCCCAAGGCAAGCAGCACUGAGACGAAGAAGGCCCCACCUCUGCCGUCGGCGCCUACCACCAUUAAGAAGGCCGAGGAGGCCAAGGCGGCAGCCCUGGGCACUUCCGGCAGAGACGUCACCAUGUCCGGCACCACAUCGGCAUCCAGCAAGAAGUCCGCGUCUGCCGCCCAGCAGGAGCGCAAGCAGCCUCGAGGCUCCAGCCGGGCUUCAUCUCCCAAGCUUGUCAGCCUCAAGGAUGUCCUGCCGCCCAUUCCCGAUCUCCCGGAGCGAUCAAUUUUGGACUUUGGCAAAGUCAAUCCCGGCGAGGAGGCCACUGCACCAUCCAUCAUUCUGCACGUACCCCUCAACGGCGAGACGAACAAGUACAUCAACUUUAUGCGCAUGGCCGAGGAGCAGUAUGGCUGGGACGCGCUCCACCCCCGCCUAGCCGCACAUCGCGACCGCAAGGCACGGAUCGCUGCCGCCUCGGCCGCGUUGGAGAAGCAGGGCUCGGGCCGCGAGUCUGGAGACGAGAUGUCUGUCGACCUGCAGUCCGGCGACGAGGGAAGCAAUGCCGAGGGCCCCAACGGUGGCGGCACCAGCGGGCCCGACGGCGCGCCUGCGAAGCCCGUGCGCAAGAAGCGAAAUUUCAAGGAGGAUGAGUACGACAAGGACGACGACUUUGUCGACGACUCGGAGAUGCUCUGGGAGGAGCAGGCCGCCGCGAGCCGUGACGGGUUCUUUGUGUACUCGGGCCCGCUCGUCCAGGAGGAAGCGAAGCCUGCUGU